UAUGUAUAUUAGCCAUAGCAUUUAGCACACACAACAUACGUAUAUGCUUGAAAGACGUGUAAAUAAAUAUGAUGGCAGAUGUGUUUUUAUUAAUUUAACGUGUAAAGAUUUCCCGAUAAGUUAAGCAUUUAGAAAUACGCAUGAUCUAAAACAUGAAUGUGUGAUAGAAGGAGUAAAAUAUAUCGUUGAGCUUGAUAACCUCACAUAUUGAAUGAAUUAAUAAAUUUAAUAUUCAGUUUCUCUGAAAAGUUUACUCGUUUUUCAUUUAAAAAAUGGACAAACUACGGAGAGCCCUGAAUGGCAAUGAGCGGUGCGAUGAAGAAAGCGGUAUUAUUACCCAGGUUGAUGCAGAUUUUACGGUCAUGGAUCAAACAACAUUAAGUUGGUCUACCAGGAUAAAAGGUUUUGCUAUUUGUUUCAUCGUAGGCAUACUAUGUACAUUCCUUGGAUCCUUUGCCUUGUUCUUACAGAAAGGUCUUGCUGUAUUUGCUGUAUUCUAUACUUUAGGCAACAUUAUCUCUUUACUCAGUACAUGUUUCUUGAUGGGUCCAUUUAAUCAACUUAAGAAGAUGUUUGCAUCGACAAGAGUAAUUGCAACUAUAUUAGUAUUUGUCUCUAUUGCUUUAACAUUGUUUGCAGCUUUGCAUUUGCACAAUCCUGGUCUAGCUCUUCUAUUUAUAAUUAUUCAGUCGCUAGCUAUGACAUGGUAUUCCUUAUCGUAUAUACCAUAUGCUCGUGAUGCUGUCAAAAAGACAGUGGAAGCCUGUAUUACAUGAAAAAAAGCAAUUAUUUUUUUUUUCUCCAUAUUAAAAUUUGUUAUACGAAUAUAUAUUAUUUAUAUGUUUUGGUUUUUUAUGCUUAAUUUGCUAAUUUUGUAAUACAUAACACUGAUUGUACUCUACUCUAUGUUUAUAAUAGAUAGACAUUAAAAUGUUCUAAGUAUAUCAAUUAAUUUUAAUAUAUAAUAUGAUGUAACAUUAGGCUUCUCUAUUGUGUAUAUACAACUAAUAUACAAUUACUUUCAUGUAAUAUAUCUAAUACAUUAUACUUUACAUAUGAAUUCUUAUUAAAAAUAAGUUUAGUUGUCUAUAUAAUGCAAAGCUAUAAUAGACAUUGUAUUAUAUUUUCAGCAUUUAUUGUUAAUAUUUUAAAGUUCUUGUACACACACACAUACACGUACGUGUGUGUGCGUCCGUAAACUAUACUUAUAUUGUAAUUAUACAUAUACCUAUUGUAUUAUGUAAUUGAAUGUUCUUUUACAAUCUCAGUAAAAUUUAAUAAAUGAUUGAAUGAGUGUUUUAAAUAUAUAA